UUGUAAUUCAAUAAUAAUUUUCAAUAUUUAAUAUUUUCAUAAAAUUUAUUAACAGUGUUACAUCCCGAGCAGAAGGCAAGGUUUUAAGGUUAGGUUAAAGAAUUUGGGAGAAAUGGUAGGCUGAUUAUGGUCAAGUUGGUAAAGCUUGACCUUUAUUUUUAAGUAGGAUCGUUUGUACUUGUCAAAACUACGGGUUUUGAGUUACAACAACAUAAAUAUUCCCUUUUUAUAAUUUAUUUAAAUAUUAAAUAGUAUGAUUACAAUAAUUAUACAAUUAUUACUUACUUUUAAUUACAGGUUUAUUCGUAGAUUUCAAUAAUAGCGCAGGUCGUUAUAAGUUUGGUUUUCAACAGUUGUUUCAAUUGAAUGAAACUAAGAAAGUUUGUUAUGUUACACUUAUGUAACUUUCACAACUUAUUAAUGUUUUUGCGUUUGUUUCAAGAGUUAAAUACCGUUUCUAAGUGUUACUUAUCGUCACUUGCACCUAUUUAAGGAAAGAAACUUGUUUCUAAGUGUGAGAAAAGCAACUUGCACAAUAAUUGAGUACAAUUCGGUCUGCAAUUGCCAAUUAGAGAAAGAAUUGGUGAAAAACUACAAUUAAUGAAACUUGACACGCAAAAUACGACAGUUAAUUCAUUUAAAUAAUUGAUUCUAAGUGUAAAAUUGCUUUUCUUGCACCUUUUACGGAAAGAAACUUGUUUCUAAGUGAAAAACAAAAUUGACUUGCACAAAAACCGAGUACAACUCGAACUGCAGUUGCCGAUUAGAGAAAGAAUACAAAAUUUAAUGAAAAACUGAAGGGUCGCUCUACAAUGACUAUUGGUCUUAUUAACCGCACCGGAACUUUUGACAAUUAUCGAUGGAGAAGCUUUCGUUUAUAUACGCUAAAAUGAGUAAAAGUGGGAGAGUUUAUAGCUAAUUAUGGGGAUAAAGUAUGUUGCCUUCUUAGAAUUUACAUUUCUGCUUAUUAUAGUCCUAUUUAUAGUUUGAUUUUAAGAAGAAUCACAUCCAUCGACAAUUGGUCAGUACUUUUGCCCCAUAUAUGGAAAAGUGAAGCUCGAGUUACACGCAGUGAUUCCUAGAACUCGGGUUGCGCAACUAGGUCACAGCGAGCGAGUUCGAGCUUGAGGUAGUACUGAUGCAACGCAUUCCUUUCUAUUUUGGUCAAGUUUUACCUCUUAUAUGGAAAAGUGAAGCUUGAGUUACACGCAGUGAUUCCUAGAACUCGGGUUGCGCAACUAGGUCACAGCGAGCGAGUUCGAGCUUGAGGUAGUACUGAUGCAACGCAUUCCUUCCUAUUUUUAUCAAUUUUUACCUCUUGCUUUGUUUUUCUCCAUAUAAAGUUUCAAUUUUGAUUACAUCUCAAUUUCGGACUUUAAAGUCUUUUUAACACGCGUAUUAUAUAUCAAAUUAAAAGAUACUUGCAUUCCUUUAACCUUUCGUUACAUCGCAGAUACACAAAACAUAUCCUUUACUAUCUUAUCAAAGCAAAAAUGUAUCUGGGAUGUAACAGUCCUCCCUCCUUACUUUUUCAUCGUCUCGAUGAAAUUUUGAGUCUUGUUAUCUAGAUGCUAAUUCCGAGACUUAAAUUCCGAAAUUGAGACUAUCUUUUGUUGUCUAUGUCUCACAUUUCAUACAGUGUUUACAGCGUCAUCGAUACUCUUGCGCUCUUCUUUCAUUCGAACAUACAUAGAUAAGAAUAGUGAAGUGAUAAUCUAAUGUGUUUCUUGUGUAGUGAUAUGCAUUGUUUAUAUUAUUCUAAUCGUCUUAUUGAGGUAGGUAUGAAUUUUCAUCUUUCACAGGACGGACGUUGACCCUUUUGUUUCCCAUGCAAAAUUGAUGAUGAUAGCAUGUUGCAUCCUUAUAAGAGAUGAUGGUACUGGGACAUUUUCAGUAGUUAAUUUCUUGAGAUGGAGAACACAGCUAGUGAAGGUGGGCAUCACAAUAAUUGUGUUGUUUUAAUUUUUGUGGUUUAUAUUGGUUGUGAAAUUAAGUUCUUUUUAUUAAUUUUAGUGUCGAACAGAAGGAAAUGUGGUGUUAACAUCUUGAUGUUUCUUCAAUCGCUACAUGCAUUGGCAGCGUCCGUGCAUCACUCGAUGCAAGAAAUAGAUUGUUUCGAAAAGAUGGGGCGUCCUGGUCGUCCCAAGCGGAAUUCCUUUCCAGGAUUCGUGGUAGACAGAAAAAUUCGUAUCAAGGAGCUACGGAGAUUAAAAGGAGAAGUCUUGGCUGAGUCGGCGCAGAUGACGUCAAUGAUGAAUCUAUUGUUUCGGCCCGAUCGACCAAUUGACUGUUAUUGUGGAGGAUGCUCGAGGCCCGAAAAGAGAAAAUUAGAGGUUACAGAACAACUUGAUUCUUCUAAGAAGAAAACGGCUAAUACGAUGGUAUGGAUUAGUAAUGCGCCAAAGUUCAUUUCUAGUCAAGGGGGUCCUUCAUCGUCGGGUGUAGUUGAUCAAACCGGUCCAUUAGACUUAUCAGUGAAGGUUCCAAAGAUUGAUUAUAACAUGCAACCGAGGGUUUAUGUCAAGGACAUCCGGUUGCUCCUGAAAACACCGAUGCAGCAGAAUUUAGACAUCAAUCAACCAGGUCCGUCUUGGUAUGUAAAACCAGAGGAUGUUGAAACCAUCCUGGAAAAAGAUCCUCUCAAUGUUAAUUCAGAACCAGAUGCAUCCUUGAUUUGUCAGCAAGGUCCUUCUUGGGGUAUAAAACCAGAGGGUGUGGAAACCAUUUUGGAAGAGAAUCCUCUCGAAGUUAAUUCAGAACCAAAUGCAUCUAUGAUUUGCCAGCAAGGUCCUUCUUUGCAUAUUGAGCCCAAAAGUGUUGGGGUCUUUUUAGAAAAAGAUCCAUCUAAAAUCCGAUUGUGUGCGUGCGGUAUGUGUUUUUCAUAAAGAUUUUCUUUUUCUCUUUUUUUUUUUGUUUAUUUUUGUGCGCAAAUUUGUGAGUAUUUUAAUUUCAUAUUAUGUGUUUAUUUAGUUAUAUGUGUAUGUAGCGUGUGUGUUUUCCAUUUGUAGUAUGAAUGCGCGUGUGUUUAUUCUGAAUAAAUUUCGUAUUUUUGUUAAAAUAAUUGUAUUGUUUUAUUUCACCAUACUUAUCUUUUACUUUUAACAUUUUAAC